GGUUCUCUAUUUGGAUAGAUAUCAAUGUACAAAGUUUUUGAUUGGACAAUUGUUAAUAUAUAAGCCAUGUGCAUCUAGUGUUCUUCCUUACUGUUUGUGAAUAAAGAACGUGGCGGGAAAGAAAAUAACAUUUGUAAACAUUAACCAGAAACAGAUAAUGGCCGAUGUCAAGAUGAAUGGAGGUGGAGACUACACAAAUCUACAGGAAGACAUUGCAGUCGAUGAUCCUGAAAUGUACAACCUGAUAAAGAAAGAAAAGGAUCGUCAAAUGAGAGGACUUGAACUCAUUGCUUCAGAAAACUUCACAAGCAAAGCUGUCCUUCAAUGUUUAGGAUCAUGUCUGACUAACAAAUACUCCGAAGGUCAGCCAGGCCAAAGGUAUUAUGGAGGGAAUGAAUACAUAGACAAAGUUGAGCGGCUUUGUCAGAAGAGGGCAUUGGAUUUGUAUGGGUUGUCCCCUGAAGAAUGGGGGGUCAAUGUUCAACCUCUUUCUGGAUCACCUGCAAACUUUGCGGUCUACACUGGAGUCGUCGGGCCUCAUGGGAGAAUCAUGGGUCUUCAUCUACCAGACGGAGGCCAUCUAAGUCAUGGGUUCAUGACCCCCACGAAGAAAAUCUCAGCUACAUCCGUUUACUUUGAGUCCUUUCCUUACCGAGUGUCACCCAAAACAGGAUUGAUUGACUAUGACCAGCUCCAUGAGAAUGCUAAACUCUUCCUCCCUAACAUGAUUAUUGCAGGAGUGAGCUGUUACUCCAGGCACCUUGAUUACAAGCGAUUUAGGGAGAUAGCAGAUGAAAAUGGUGCAUACGUACUAGCAGAUAUGGCUCAUGUGAGUGGGCUUGUAGCAACAGGAGUUGCCCCAAGUCCUUUUGAAUAUUGUGACAUUGUAACUACCACAACACACAAAACUCUGAGAGGACCGAGGUCGGGGAUGAUUUUCUUCAGGAGAGGAGUCAGAAAAUUGAAAAAUGGAAAAGAGGAGAAGUAUGAUUUGGAGAGGAGAAUCAAUGAGGCAGUGUUCCCAGGACUACAGGGAGGCCCCCAUAACCACCAGAUAGCAGGUGUUGCUGUUGCCCUACAACAAGCUGCCAGACCAGAAUUCAAAGCUUACCAACAGCAGGUAGUCAAAAAUGCCCAGGCCAUGUGCAAAGCCUUCCUGGAAAAAGGAUAUACUGUAGUGACAGGGGGAACAGAAAACCAUCUGAUCCUGAUUGAUCUGCGACCCAAUGGUAUGGAUGGUGCUCGAGCCGAGCGAGUUCUGGAGUGUGUCAGCAUAGCUUUAAAUAAAAACACUUGUCCAGGAGAUAAGAGUGCGCUGAAACCAAGUGGAUUGAGAAUAGGAGCACCUGCUCUAACCUCUAGGGACUUUAAGGAAAAGGAUUUUGAACAAGUUGUGGAGUUUAUUCAUAAAGGUCUUGUCAUUACCAAAGAGGCGAUGCAGGACUGUGGACCACUGCUGAAGGACUUCAAGGCAAAACUGGAUGCAGAUCAGACAAUCAAAGCCAAAAUUGACAAUCUGCGCUCAGAUGUUGAAAACUUCGCUCUGAAGUUUCCCAUGCCUGGAAUUGACAACUGGUAAUGGAAAAAUACAGCAUAAUGAAGCGGAAGGAAAGCCAAAGGAUCCAUUGCAGCAGUAUUAACUGUUUCAUGUAAAAAGUCAAUUGUAGACAAGUGAAAAGAAGUACAGAUUCAUAUGUGUACAUCCAUGUGAAAUAGUUUGCUGUACUUUUCUCAAAUUUACAAUGAUGAACUGUUAAAUAUGUUCUGUUCAAGAGUUUUCUGUUAUUUAUUAUGUCAUUACAUGUAUGAAAAUCAUGUAACUACUCAAAAAGUGUCAUUGCAGACUUGUGGAUUAAAUUGUUUCUUAACUAAAA